AUGACCGUCCCGCUCGCCUUUCUAGACGUAGCAACCUUGCCAAAAGGUCUUUCUCUCGGAGAACAUUUUAGCAACCUCAUUUCCAAGUCCCCUGUUCAUUCCUUACUUGACUGUCUCGCAUCUGGGGAGACCCCUGCCAUUUUUUCUCCCGACAUUCACAGACCUCCUUUACUGCACUCGGACCUACGUAAUUUUGUGGCUAAUUUCGCGCUACCAUCUGCUGCUCGUUAUGGAGGUCGUCGUGCUCUCGGCAGAAAUGAUCGAAUCAUGGUGGUUUUGCCCUCGGGUCCAGAGAAUGCAUUGGCGCUAUUGGCAUUGAGUAAUUAUCAUUCGUGCGCCCCAGUUAACGCGAGCUGCACCAGACAGGAAUUGAUGGACGAUAUGCGCCGACUUGGAGCCAAGGCAAUUAUCACCACACCUGACAUCGCGAAGCACCUCGACACGAAGUUGAUCCAGGAUGAACUCGAUUGUGAGGUUAUUCUUCUCCACGCACGCUCGACAGGUCCCGCGGGGUUGUUCGACCUUUCUAUUGCAGGUGGCCACCACUCUGCUAUCACUCCUCCACAUCCUUCCGAGGUCCAUGGUCUCGACGACAUAUCACUCAUUCUUCACACAUCCGGUACCAGUGGCAAAAAAAAGGUUGUGCGGUAUUCUCUCCGAACGUUGUUGGUUGGAACUUGGUGUGUGGUACAUUCUUGGAACCUACUUCCAAAUGACAUCAAUUUGAAUAUGAUGCCGCUCUUCCAUGUCGGGGGGAUAGUGCGGAACUUGCUUGCCCCGGUGCUCUCUGGAGGAAGCGCGAUCAUGUGUGCGGGGUUUGACCCCAACGCGUUCUGGCAAUAUGCCUUGGAACUCAGAGCUACCUGGUAUUACGCUGCCCCGACCGUCCACCAUGCAAUUCUUGCAUCGAAGCCAGAUACAAUGGUUCCAUCAAAGGAUCUGCGCAUACGGCUCAUAUGUAAUGCCGCAGGUGGCCUAUUGCCGUCUCUUGCGUCAGAGUUGAAAGAUACCUUUGAUGCUACUGUAUUGCCUUCAUAUGGGAUGACAGAAUGUAUGCCCAUCGCCACCCCUUUGACGAAUUAUAAAUUGGAUCGCCCAGGUUGUUCUGGCAUUGCAUGUGGUCCAUACCUCUCUAUUCGAUUGCCCAAUGAUCUCGAACGUGAAGUUGGUCCGGGGAAAACAGGGGCUGUUUGUGUUCGCGGACUUCCGACAUUCGAUGGCUAUGAGAUUUCACCAGACAUUCAAAUACCCCUUGACACGUCGACCUUCUCUAGCGAAGGGUGGUUUGACUCAGGAGAUGUGGGAUACAUGGAUGAAGACGGGUAUCUAUACAUCACGGGACGGUCCAAGGAAAUUAUCAACAAGGGAGGGGAGGUCGUCUCUCCGUUCGAGGUUGAAGAAGCCAUUGUGACAGCAGCCAAAGAUUAUGUGAAGACCGCCUUAGCGUUUUCUGUCGACCACGAUGUCUUGCAGGAGACUAUUGGAGUGGUUAUUGUGCCCGAUCAGAGUCAACCGCGCGUGGGUUUACGCCAGUUGCAUGAUAUGCUCAAAAGAGGUCAUCUACAUCCUUCAAAGUGGCCUUUUGCCAUAGUAUUCAUGGACGAUGUGCCCAAAAAUAGUGCUGGGAAGCCUCUCCGCAUAGGGUUAUCGAAACGUUUGGGGAUCGGUCAACUGACUGACGACCACUCUAUUCUCAGUCGACAUUUCGAAGCCGUUGCACCGCCGAUUACGCAGUCAAUCCAUAGUCCAAUCCCAUGCUCCACAGUCUCAGUUGAUCCUAGUGUUGUCGACAGUGCUUUCCGAAACAUCCCUAAGGUUGUCGACUUCGCCGUGGAGCACCAUUCCGACGGCUCACUAGAUGCGUAUAUUUCUGUUGAGCCGACCUGGUCAUUCUCGGCGAAUGAGGUGAAACAGUUAGUCACUCCUCGUUUGCCCGGUUACUCGAUUCCAAACCAAAUUCACAUCGUCAACGGUCCUCUUCUUCGAGAUGGCUCUGGUUCUCAUGACUUCAGGGCAAUGGAAAGGCAAGCAGCGAAAUCUGCAAAUAUCCAGAUGACGAAGCGGCAGAUGCUUGUGCGGGAUAUUGUAGCAGAGCUCCUCAACAUCGACCCUACCCAUAUCCAUACUGGCUCCGACUUUUUCCUUCUUGGUGGCAACUCACUUCUCCUCGGAAAACUAUCACACAGUGUCAGGCGCCAGUCUGGAAUUAAUAUUGGAAUUACUGAGCUCUUUAGCGAAAGCACUAUUCAUGGCAUUGCUGCAUUGUUGGAAGAACGGGAGGCCGCAAACGCGGAUACGGAUACGGAAACAAAGGCACAUGGUGACCAGGAGAAAGUCAAGGACCCUAACACUCGUAAUUCGUCCACCACAGCCUUUGGAGAUGAUUACGAUUUCGAACAAGAUGCUGAAUAUGCUGAAACUAAAAGGUCACGAAGUCAGGACCAUCCUCUAUGCCUCAUUGUUCAAGCCAUUCCUUUUGUCUUUUUCUAUCCACUGAAGACAGCCUGGACCUGGUCUAUGCUAAUUUUUAUGUUGUCCUAUUUGGCACCGUUGAUUAACGGGACAUAUUGGGAACGAAUGGUGGCAUUGUUGACUUCAAUCCUGGUUGCGAGAGUUACAGCACGUAUCGUCUGUCCUCUUACUUCCAUCCUUUUCAAGUGGAUUGUCAUCGGUCGGUACAAACCUGGAACCUAUCAGACUUGGUCGACCUACUACCUCCGGUGGUGGAUUGUCAACCAAAGCAUCAGAAUAUCUGGAAGGGGAAUUUUCGCUCUACAUCCAUCAUUGACAACAUUGUACUAUCGUCUGCUAGGCGCGAAGAUUGGAAAGGAUGUUCAUAUUGACGAAGACACUAAAUUAUUCGAGUGCGAUCUCCUUGAUCUUCGAGACGGCUGCCGCCUUCAGACAUCCACCAUACGCGGCUUUGCUGUUGAGAGAAAUGGUUACUUCACCCUUGCACCUGUCACGAUCGGACGCAAAGCUUUUGUUAACCAGUACACACACAUUGCGCCAGGCUCUCUUAUUGAUGAUGGCUCGGUAUACGGGCCUCACGCUUCUUCAUACGACGACCCCUCUCCCAGAUCUUAUGCCGCUUAUAACGGCACUCUGUUGGCCAAGCCAUCGCUAAUCUUGCAGAUGCUUAUCGCGUGGCCCAUAAUUCUGAUCGUUGUAUUCCUGUCAUAUGUACCCUGGAUGGCUGCUAUUUUUGUAAUGGUCAACCAAACGCAUAUCACUCGUGCAGGCCUGAACGACUUGGAAUCAGUCAUUUAUUGGUUUGCAACUCCUAAACGAGUGUUAUUCCAUGCCUUGUCCCGGAUUGUUCGAGCCCUCCUGAGACCCAUUAUCAGGGUUGCACUUGGUAUAAUGGUUAAACGCUUGUUAGGCCUUAACUCCGAGACUACAUCCUCCCGCGAUUCUCAGUUGGUGCUUCUAAGGCGAUAUAUAAACUCCAUUUUAUUGUCCCAAUCGGAGCUCAAGGACGCAUUUUCAAUUGUUGGCACGCAUUACGAAGUGGUUUCUAUGGUAUACAGAGCAAUGGGUGCCAAAAUCGGGAAACGCAUUUAUUGGCCUGGCUCAGGCAUUGCAUGCAUGGACCCGGAAUUGCUGGAAAUUGGUGAUGAUGUUGUUUUUGGUUCACGAUCUGCGCUCGUAACGACGGAUCGUCUUGGAUCUGGGAAAAUUGUGAUCGAAAGUGGAGCAAUGGUAGCCGACCGAGUAGUUUUAUUGCCCGGAACGAAACUAGGGCGUCGGGCAGUGAUGGGCUCCGGUUCUCUAGGAAAGCGCAACGCGGAAUACCUCCCUGGUUCAACGUGGAUGGGCAAUGACAAGGGCGAAGCUGUAUGUCUCGUCAAAGGCUCCAAAGAAGCAGGCAGUGGGGACACUUCCACACCUUUUGGACGGGCAUUCUACCAGAAAAAGGCAAAUUACUUCGUUUUCCCAUAUACGAUGAUUCUUGCUAUAAGUGUCAUUAUGACCGCCGUGUCAGCAGCGUACUGGUCCAUCAGCGCCGUAGGGGCAGCGCAAGUGCUCAAGGAUGCUCGAAUUCAUCGUUUCCACGUCUUCCGACCUCGCUGGUACUUGUUCGGGGUCAUCUAUGGAGUCAUUUCUGUCUGUUUUAUUGUCAUUCUCACGGUUCAGGGGUUAUUCUCUAUCAUAUGGGUUAUUGUAGCCAAGUGGCUCAUCAUCGGGAGACGUCGCCCUGGAAGGUACGAUUGGGAUCAAAGCAGCUACUGCCAACGAUGGCAACUUCACUUGGUCGUUUCUCGCCUCAUGUACAAAGGAUAUGGCUAUGGUGGUGUCCUUGCGCCUCUAGCGGGUUCUGCCUACAUUGUAUGGUAUUUCCGGGCAUUAGGUGCCGUAAUUGGCGACAAUUGUGCAAUUUGGGCUGGCGGACGCCCAGGUCUAAUGACAGAGCCCGACCUCGUCGAGCUUGGCGAUGAGGUAAAUUUGGAUGACUGUUCUGUCGUGGCGCAUAUCAAUUCUCGAGGAAAUUUCGCACUGAAUAGACUCAAGAUCGGAAACCAGUGUGCUAUGCGGUCGGGCUCGCGGCUACUAUCCGGGGCCUCGAUGGAGGACAGCAGUAUGCUCUGCGAGCACACUCUUCUUACGUCCGGGGACGUCGCCGACGCCGGUGUAGCGUACUACGGCUGGCCAGCGAAGAGGCUGGAGGACGCAGCGGAUUCAAAUGCAGGGGCUGUAAAACCUGCAUUCCUGACAUGCCCCAUAUGCCGGCGUUUUCCCAAAGACAGCGCAGUUAGUGGAUGUGGGCAUCUCUUCUGUCACAGGUGA